AUGAAUUUACGCAAAGCUAGUCACCAAAUCAUAUCAACAUCUACACACUCUACAUCACAGCAUUCAAGACAAAGUGAGCAUGCAUAUACAACGCCAAUAAACAUUGAAGUGAAACAGGAAGCACUGGUUACACACUCACUUUUUAAUUGCGCAUACUGUAACGAGACGUUUAGCAGUCGAAAAGAGUUAAAGGAACAUAAAGAUAAAAAGCAUCCUCAAAUAAAAACUGAACAUCAGCGAACGCGAAAGCCUAAAAGUCAACAAUCAUUGAUUGGCAAUACUUAUGUUCCAAUACAGGCAAAGUUUACAUGCGAAUAUUGCUAUAAAGGAUUCGAUCAAUCACAUCGCUUAAAGCAACAUCAAAUAUCUCAUCGAGAGCCAGUAUAUGCGUGUGAUCAGUGUGAGAAAAAAUUUAAAUGCCAAUAUCGACUCAAAUAUCACAAACAGGAGCAUAUGCCUGGCGCGAGUCAAACAUGCGGUGUAUGUCUUAAAAUCUUCCCCACAAUGAUUCGUCUUCAACAGCAUCAAAUAAUGCACAAUGACAAAAUUUAUCAAUGCAAGGAGUGCGACAAGGGAUUCAAGUGCAAAUAUCGUCUAAAGUAUCACGAAUUAAAUCAUUAUCAUAAAGCUUACGAAUGUCCUAUAUGCUCAAAGCGUUUUGCAUUGCCGUCACGUUUAGCACAACAUUUGAGUAUUCAUGACGAUAAUACACCGAUUUAUCAAUGCGAUGUAUGUUUAAAGACAUUUAAGAAUAAGUAUCGCUUGAAAUAUCAUCGCAAUGAGCAUGACAAGUCUCCCAAAUAA